AUGAAGCUCCCGAAUCUGGGCCACUCUCACUGCCACGAGACCCAGUAUCCCACGAUAUGGGCCGCCCGGGCCUACAGCACUCCUCGCCAGACCGGCAGCCACCCCCCCCGCCAUAUCAGCCGCACCUUCUCGAGCUCUACACCAGCCCUCACCAUCGUCAGCCCUUCCCUCCCGACACAAUCCCGCUGGCUCGCCGCCAAUGGUGCUUCAACCUCUCGCUCCCGCAGGAGCUACGCAACUGCAUCGAACCCCGACCUUCCCAGCGACAUCGCCGUCCUCGGCGGUGGCCUGACCGGUCUCACCACCGCCUACUACUUGACGCGUUUCCACCCGGACGCCAAGAUCACAAUCUACGAGUCCCAGGCCCGAGUGGGAGGAUGGAUAGACACAGAGCAGGUCGAAGUCACCACCCUUGCGGGCACUGACGAGACCAUCAGCUUCGAGCGUGGCGCCCGCGUCGUCUCGCCCCAGACCACGCUCACACGGUACGAGGAUUUCGUGCUGUACGACCUGAUUGCAGAACUUAAACUGGUAGACGAGUCGGUUGCUCUCUGCAAGGACGACCCAGUGCUGAAAACCCGCUAUGUCUUCUAUCCGGACCAUCUGGUCGCCAUCCCAGGAAACCUCCCAAAGGAUUUCUUUGGGAGGCUGAAAUGGUUUACGAGUCUCGCACACAAGAUAAUGACUGAGCCUAUUUUCACCGGACUUGUCAGGUCGGCAGUGUCUGCAGUCCUUACUACAAACACGCGAAAUGCACAGGCAGCACAGCGAGCAUUGGCAGAGGGCCAUAGGAAUAGGUCACACGCCAUCGCGGAUCUGAAAGACGUGUCCAUGGGCGAAUAUUUCGAAGGUCUUCUUGGCCGCCCAGACGUCGUCGAUAACCUCCAGUCGGCCUUGAUCCACGGCAUCUGGGGCGGUGAUGUCUGGAAGCUGAGCAUGCGGGAGGGUACUUUCCAGCAAGCGCUCAUACAAGAAAAGCACGGUGCAACCCCUCUGAUUGCGGUAAAAGAUCACGAUUUGUACUCGGGCCGAGAUAUCGCCGUGAGAAAUGAAUCGGCGUUGCUGCUGGCCAACUUUUUCAACCCCAAGGUUGGAUACAUAUGCUUCCGUAACGGCUUCAGCACCUUGACAGAUGCACUGGCCAAGUCCUUAAGGAACAAUCCCAAUGUGACCAUCAAGACGGGCACCCCCGUUACCUCGAUCAGGUACGAGCAGGGAAAGGCAGUCAUCUCUGCACCCGAACAAGUCGGGGGCACUGCUUUUGGUGAAGCGAAGUACGACAAGGUGAUAUCGAGCCUGUACAGCGGCAGCCUUGCCAAGCUCACAGGCGAUUCUCUCCCAACCUUGAAAACCCACAGCACGGCUGUUACGAUCCAGAUUGUCAACCUGUGGUACCCUGAUCUCAACCUGAAUGCCGACCACCCUGGUUUCGGGUACCUCAUCCCCCAGUCUGUGCCCGCGGAAAACAACCCACACGCGGCGCUUGGCGUCAUCUUCGACUCAGAUCGUGAUGCGGUGGCCAACGUCCCCGAGCGCGAGUCUGCACCGGGCACAAAACUUACCGUCAUGCUCGGCGGGCACUAUUGGGACUACCUGGACGCCGACUCGUGGCCCGAUGCCAAGGAGGCCACGGCGAUGGCCAUGGACACCGUUCACCGUCAGCUGGGCAUCCCACCCACGCAGCCCGUCUUUACCUCGACCAAAGUCUGCCGCGACUGCAUACCCCAGCACCUGGUCGGCCACCGGGAGCGCAUGGCCCAGGCCCACACCGAGCUCUACGACGCCUUUCGUGGGACUCUGGCCGUCGUCGGCAGCUCCUACACCGCCCCGGGCGUCCUGCCCAGCCUCAAGGCCGCCCGCGACGCGGCACUCCAGGUCUCUGGCCAGGGCUACAAGCUGAAGGACGGGACCGAGUAUGACAUGGUGCACGUCGGGCAGACGGGGCUGGCCCGCUUUGCUGGUAAGAAUGAGACCUACCAGCUGCGCGACAGAAGGGAGCUUCCGUACCGCUUCGGGAACACCAAGGUUGAUGCGCAUGAUGAUGGUUGGUCAUUCUAG